AUGCGAAGCCGUGGCACAUUUCGGCGCCGAGGCUCUAGUAUGUUGCAGCGUGGAUUAUCACGCGCUGUGCCUCCGAGUAGCACAAAUGUUGAAAUAGCCGCUUCGCAAAUCGAAGAACGAUUCGCCGCCGUGCGGAAACACGAUGAAAUUGACGAGAAAAUGGGCUUUCUCCGACUGGAGCAGGGAGAGACUCGACAAGCAUGGAUGGUCAACAUGCAUCCGACACUUCUUCCCGACGACGCCCACCCUUCGGGUCGAUCAGGUGUAGAUUAUUACUUUAUACAAGAUGACACCUCCAUGUUCAAAGUAACAGCUGUGUAUCAGCCAUACUUUCUCCUUGGAUGCUAUCCAGGGACGGAAUCGCUGGUUGAGGAAUGGCUUCGUCGCCGUUUUGAAGGUGUUCUUCAUUCUGUUGAGCGCAAGCACUUGGACGAUCUCAAACUGCCGAACCAUCUUGUGGGGAAUCAACGGACUGCGCUUCAGCUGCGCUUUAUGAACGUACAAGAUUUGCUAACGGUGCGUCGUGAUCUUCUUCCACUCGCACAAGAUGCACAGAAAAAAGUGUCAGCUGUGGAAGCGUACGCGAACAUGCUCUCUGAUGUGAGUGGGCCAUCGUCAGCGGACGUUUCAGUUGGCCUCGAUAUGGAUGGCGCUUAUACAAUGGCAUCUGCAUCGAGCACGGGAGGAAAGAGUGCGGAACAGUGUAUCAUUGCACUAUGGGAAUAUGAUGUGCCAUAUUAUCUGCGAGUUGCGAUCGAUAAUGAUAUCCGCGUGGGCCUUUGGUAUGAUGUGAGCUUCCAUGAAGGCGCAGUCUCUUUACGAGCUGUGCCAGAGCGUGUAAAGCGUGCAGAUCCUGUCGUGAUGGCAUUUGACAUUGAGACGACGAAGCAGCCUCUCAAAUUUCCCGACGCUGAGAUCGACGCGAUUAUGAUGAUAUCCUACAUGAUUGAUGGACAAGGUUUUCUGAUCACAAAUCGCCAGAUUAUCAGCGAAGAUAUUGAGGACUUCGAGUACACCCCGAAAGAUGAGUAUGAAGGUCCAUUUAUUAUCUUCAACGAGCCAGACGAAGUAGCCUUGUUGCGGCGUUUCUUCGCCCAUAUUCAGGAGGCAAGGCCAACUGUGAUUGCGACAUACAAUGGUGACUCGUUCGACUUCAUGUUUGUCGACGUGCGCGCACGAAUUCAUGGGAUCAAUAUGAAGCAUGAAAUUGGCUUCGCGAAGGAUGCUGAUGACGAGUACAAGAGUCGGCAUUGCUCACAUCUCGAUUGUUUCCGCUGGGUGAAGCGAGAUUCGUAUUUGCCACAAGGAAGUCAAGGCCUCAAGGCUGUCACAGUGGCUAAACUGGGUUAUGAUCCGAUGGAAUUGGAUCCUGAGCUCAUGACACCCUAUGCAUCGGAGCAGCCGCAAACACUCGCACAGUACUCAGUAUCUGAUGCAGUUGCUACGUACUACUUGUACAUGAAGUAUGUGCACCCUUUUAUUUUUUCACUAUGCAACAUCAUUCCUCUGAACCCGGACGAAGUCCUGCGGAAAGGAACAGGCACUUUAUGUGAAACACUGUUGAUGGUGCAGGCAUACAAAAACCAUAUUUUGAUGCCAAAUCGACACAUCGACCCAAUUGACAACACUUAUGAAGGCCAUAUUCUUGAGUCAGAGACAUAUGUCGGCGGACACGUAGAGGCCUUGGAGGCUGGCGUGUUCCGUAGCGACAUUCCCACAGACUUUCGAAUCAAUCCAUCGUCCAUUCAGAUGCUGAUUGAUGACCUGGAUCACGCCCUGAACUUUAGCAUUACGGAGGAAGGACGCAUGACACUGGACGAUAUCGAAAACUAUGACGAGGUUCGCGGCACGAUCUGUGGCAUGCUUGAGGCGCUACGAGACAAGCCCAUUCGACAGGACAAGCCGCUGAUCUAUCACUUGGACGUCGCUGCGAUGUAUCCGAAUAUCAUGUUAUCGAACCGUUUGCAGCCUGAUUCGGUGGUAGACGAAGCCAUGUGUGCAUCAUGCAACUUUAACAGACCAGGGAUGACGUGUGACAAGCGGAUGAAAUGGGCAUGGCGUGGCGAGUAUUUUCCCGCGAAACGAGAUGAAAUCAAUAUGAUUCGGCAUGCACUUGACAUGGAGACGUUCCCAGGACGUGAUGACCGACAGACAAAGACACGCACGUACCAAGACUUGAGUCCGUCUGAGCAAUCGGCGCUUCUACAGAAACGACUUGCUGAUUACAGUCGCAAAGUGUACAAGCGCGCUCAUGACACAAAAACUGUGAUUCGCGAGGCGAUUAUUUGCCAGCGAGAGAAUCCAUUUUACAUCAACACGGUGCGAGACUUCCGGGAUCGUCGCUACGAGUAUAAGGGCCUACUGAAGAAGUGGAAGAAGAAUCUUGAAAAGGCAAACGAGGGAGGUGCUCUCAACGACACAUUGGAAGCGAAAAAGAUGAUUGUGUUGUAUGACUCGCUCCAACUCGCACACAAGUGUAUUCUGAACUCAUUCUAUGGAUAUGUGAUGCGCAAGGGAGCACGCUGGUACUCGAUGGAGAUGGCUGGAAUUACGUGUCUUACGGGUGCGACGAUUAUCCAGAUGGCGAAGGAACUUGUCGACGGUAUUGGACGGCCGCUUGAGCUUGACACGGAUGGUAUAUGGUGCAUGUUGCCAGGCACAUUUCCUGAAAAUUUUACGUUCCGCUGUCGGAACGGGAAGCCAUUUGGCGUGUCGUACCCUUGUACUAUGCUCAACUACAUGGUACAUCAGCGAUUUACAAACCACCAGUAUCAUGACUUGGUCGACUCGCAGACGGGCGAGUACAAGGUCCACAGCGAGAACAGUAUUUUUUUCGAACUGGAUGGUCCGUAUCGUGCAAUGAUAUUGCCUUCCAGCAAGGAAGAAGAUAAACUGCUGAAGAAGCGAUAUGCCGUAUUUGAUGAAGACGGCUCCCUUGCCGAACUGAAAGGCUUUGAAGUGAAACGCCGUGGCGAGCUGCAGCUCAUCAAAGACUUUCAGAAACAAAUCUUUAGCAAAUUUCUGCUCGGCGACACGCUCGAAAGCUGCUAUGCGGCCGUAGCUCGCGUUGCAGAUCAGUGGCUCGAUGUCUUAUACAGCAAAGGCUCAACGCUACAUGACGAGGAGCUCAUUGAUUUGAUUGCUGAAAACAAGAGUAUGUCGAAGCUCUUGAGUGAGUAUGGCGCACAAAAGUCGACCGCAAUCACCACGGCGAGACGACUUGCUGAGAUCUUGGGACAGCAAGUAGUCAAGGACCGCGGUCUCGCGUGUAAGUUCAUCGUGUCUGCGAAGCCGCAUGGUGCGCCUGUGACGGACAGAGCAGUGCCUGUGGCUAUUUUCAAUGCUGAGCCGGACAUCAAGGCACACUUCUUGCGCCGCUUUCUUCGGGAUCCAUCGCUGAAUAAUUUUGAUCUGCGACACAUCCUUGACUGGAACUACUACAUUGAUCGAUUUGCUGGUGUGAUCCAAAAACUUAUCACGAUCCCGGCCGCAAUGCAAAAGAUACCCAACCCAGUGCCUCGCGUGCGCCAUCCCGACUGGCUGAUGAAGCGAGUGGCUGCGCGAGAAGAUAAAGUGUCGCAGGUCAAGCUGGAUCGCAUCAUGACAAGUGAGGCGGUGCGAUCACGAUCGAAAGCUGUCACUGCAGGUGUAGCGUCUUCGGAGCAAGAAACGCGUUCGAGAGUCGAUCCCGUGCGCGUCUCUGACCCGGUGCAACAGCCCAAAUUGACGAGUGAGCGUGAUGUUCCGAUUCCAUCGAUCGACGAAGACUAUCCGGGAUGGGUAUCGGCCAUGCGGGGCCGUUGGCGCAAGCAGCGUGCAGAACGGCGCGGCAUCGAGCGGCCCAGGACAACACUGGGUGGCCUUCUUGAAGAGCGCAGUUCGGCAAUGGCCUCUGCAACGUGGGAUAUCGUACAACUCGCACCGACGAUUCGACCUGGCGAGUUCCGCAUGUGGGUACUCGUAGAUCGCCAGAUGCAUGCACUUCGGCUUCAAGUACCGAGACAAGUGUACGUGAAUUUCCUCAAGCCUCCGCAACCUGGCAUGCUUCGUGCGUCAUACCAAGCGGAAGUUGUGCAUCGCACACUGCCACGCGGCGCGAAAGUACAUCACUUGAUGCGAUUCACCAUCCCCGAGAGCGAGUACGUUGCAAGAGAGGCACAUUUUUCCAUGCUACUGAAUCACCCGAACGUCGAUGCAGUGUAUGAAAAGCAGGUGCCUCUUGACGUGCGAGCGAUCAUGCAGCUGGGCUCAGCAUGUGUCCUCCGGCCUGACGUCCGCUUGAGUCAUGCUCUUGAAGCUGGCUUGAACCUUGCGGAUCUCGCACAUGCCCCUGCAGCAAGUCAGUCGUUCUACUUACGUGGCGGUCGUUCUAUGCGGUGCUUAUAUUUGUACCAUGCCUCGGAUCAGAAACGUCAUGUAUUUGUACUGGUCAGCAGCGAUGGUGCGACAAAGGUCCACCUCGUCGACUCCGCUGGUCUUAAACAGUGGCCAUCUAUUGAUGCGCUGUAUGCAGAGCGCUUGACUGCCAUGAAAUCGUUGGGACGCAUCGUCGAUGGCCAGGGCGCUUUUGACUACCCGGCAUCUUUAUCGACACAGAUGGUCGAUGUACAUACAACAGAAACACAUGCAUUCCGUGCGUUGGUGAGAGACAUCCGCGAUGCACGUGCAUCGCGACAAGGAGCAGCGAUCCUGGCCAUUUGCACUUCGCGCCCUCUAUCGUAUUAUGAAGCGGCAAUGCAUGUGACAACCGAGCUUCCUAUCUUACUGGUGCCCGCUUCACGGGCCGAAGACUCUAUGCCAGCGCUCGGCUGGCAGCCUUACGCAGCGCGCCGCAUGGUCAACUGCUACCUGCGCACGUCCGUGUGGCUUAGCCGCUGGAUCGAAUUGGCUGCGCACCUGGAUAUUCCAUUAGGUAACAUGGCGCGUGACUUUGCCAUCUUUGGCAGCGACCUCGAUAUGGCUCGUCGGUUGCAGCAAAAUGACAUGGUCCUGUGGUGGUCACCGAGUCCACGGCCUGAUUUGGGUGGGCGCGAGGACGAUGCACAUCCUGGAGGAGGCGGCGCCGCUGAAGAUUGGGACGCAUUGGAAGUCACGAAUCCGGGUGCGUAUGCAAAUGUGUGUCUCGAGGUGCAAGUGACAGACCUUGCCCUCAACUGUGUGCUACAAAACGCUAGCGUACAUGCUAUGGAAGGCAUCGGCGCAGCGUCGAUGGCUCUCGACACAGCGUCGCAUUCAUUGGAUGAAUAUGCGCGUGGCCAAGUGCCCGUAUCAGCAGACUUGGGCGAUGCCGUAUUGACAUCUCAAACAUUUUCCACGGUGCGCAGCAUGCGGUUUGUGCAUCGGCUUAUGCGGAAGACUAUGCUUCAACUACUGGCAGAUCUACGGCGCUUGGGUGUGCAAGUUGUUUACGCAAGCUAUUCGCGACUGUUGCUACUUACAAAUCGCCCCACAGCGGGAAGUGCAGUGGCUUAUGGCCGCUACCUCAUGAGCGCUGCAACGACGCCUGAUGUAUUCCGUCACAUUAACCUGUCUAUUGUGCACAUUUGGGAAUAUCUUAUAUUUCUCGACAUGGCAAAUAUGGGCGGCGUCAUUGCACACGAGCCAGAAACCACGGACCUGCCUGAGGACGUCGACAUCGAGAUGGCUUGGAACGUGCAAGCGUUCCUACCUCAAGCGCUGCAAGACCGCUUCGCGAAGAUCGUCGGCGUAUUUAUCUAUGAACUGUAUCAAGCGAAGCGGAUCAUGCAUGCCCGUUUCGCUGAGCGCCCCGUCAUGCGAGUACUUUCACAAAACACACAGCCAGCCGAGUCGGCAGCUGCUGCUGCUGCUGCUGCAGGCAUGGCUGAAGACAAGGAGUCACCACAGCACGCUAGUUCGGAGAAUGCUCAACACAUCGUGGCACACGUCAUGACGCCUCGCUUGCUACGAGCGGUAAAUGAGAUACAGGAGGAGCAGAAAGGGCCUAUGGACGCUGAAGCGUGGAGAUUCCCGCAGCUUCCUGGCUCGCAUCUUACGAUGACGAAUCCUACGCUCGAGUUUAUCAAAGCCACAACACGGGUCCUUGCACUGCAGAAAGAUGCCGCACUUGAAGCGCAGGUAUGCAAGCGCAACCUGCUUGAUUUGAUUGGCGUGCGUGAAUUCUCACCAGCCGCUGAAUGGCACAAUCCAUGCCUGCCAUUCCGUCUGCCCUGGGUCAUUUGCCACUUCUGCAACGAUGAUCGUACCCUUGACUUGUGCCGGGACCCUGACCUGAUAUCUGCACGCGAGGACCGCCAAUGGGCUUGCACAAGAUGCAAUACUCUGUAUGACCGCACGAACAUUGAGUUGCGUCUGAUUACCCUAGUUCAACAACAAGUCGCACAGCAUGCCGUCCAGGAUUUGCACUGCAAUCGUUGCGGCCGCAUUAAUACCAGCAAUCUAGCUUCCUACUGCAUCUGCUCAGGUUCUUGGGUCCACAAGACGUCGCCAGCUGACACGCGCCGCCGCUUGCUUCAUGCACUUGCCAUUGCUCAAUUCCAUGCAUUCCCACUGCUAGAAGCUACGGUCCAAAUGUGGCUCGCGAAUACGUAA